GCGCGCAGCCGCAGGAGCGGGCGGCGGGGCGUGCGAGGUGGGUUCGGGCCCUUUCGUCUCCGGCCCGAGGCAACCCGGGCCGGGCGGGUCUUGUCCCCGCGCCCCACGUCCCGGAGCCGUCGCCGCCAUCAUGCUGCUGCCCGUGUUCACUCUGAAACUGCGCCACAAAAUCAGCCCCCGCAUGGUGGCCGUAGGGUGCUACGACGGGACUCACCCGUGCCUGGCGGCCGCCACGCAAGCGGGCAAGGUUUUCAUUCACAAUCCUCAUACACGGACCCAGAACUUCAUUGCAUCCCGAGCCCUCCAGAGCCCCCAAGAGUCUGAUGUUUCUCUUCUCAACAUUAACCAGGCAGUCAGCUGCCUGACUGCAGGACUGCUGAGCCCUGAGCUUGGCUGCGAUGCUCUUUUGGUGGGGACGCAGACGAAUCUUUUGGCUUACGAUGUCUAUAAUAAUUCAGAUUUGUUCUACAGAGAGGUAGCAGAUGGGGCAAAUGCCAUUGUGCUGGGGACAUUGGGGGACAUUUCCUCUCCUCUUGCCAUUAUUGGUGGAAACUGUGCUCUGCAAGGUUUUGAUCAUGAAGGAAAUGAUCUCUUUUGGACGGUUACUGGAGACAACGUUCAUUCCUUGGCCUUGUGUGACUUUGAUGGUGAUGGGAAGAAAGAGCUUCUUGUUGGAUCUGAGGAUUUUGACAUCCGAGUGUUUAAAGAAGAUGAGAUUGUGGCAGAAAUGACAGAAACAGAGAUAAUCACCUCUCUGUGUCCCAUGUAUGGCAGUCGAUUUGGUUAUGCCCUUUCCAAUGGCACAGUUGGAGUUUAUGACAAAACAGCUCGAUACUGGAGAAUAAAAUCCAAAAAUCAUGCCAUGAGUAUUCAUGCUUUUGAUCUUAAUUCUGAUGGAGUAUGUGAACUGAUAACUGGUUGGUCCAAUGGGAAGGUUGAUGCCCGAAGUGACCGAACUGGGGAGGUCAUCUUUAAAGACAACUUCUCUUCUGCCAUUGCUGGCGUGGUGGAGGGGGACUACCGGAUGGAUGGCCACGUACAGUUAAUCUGCUGCUCAGUGGAAGGGGAAAUCCGUGGCUACCUGCCAGGCACAGCUGAGAUGAGGGGAAACCUCAUGGACACCAGUGUAGAACAGGACCUGAUCCGAGAGCUGAGUCAAAAAAAGCAGAAUCUGUUGCUGGAACUCCGUAACUACGAGGAAAACGCCAAGGCUGAACUGAGCAGUCCACUGAAUGAGGCUGAUGGGCAAAGAGGCAUAAUCCCGGCCAACACCAAGCUCCACACUGCCCUGUCCGUCAAGCUGGGGACUGAGAAGCAAGCUGCUCAUGUGGAAUUGUGCAUUUCCACUUCAAAUGACACCAUCAUCCGAGCAGUAUUGAUUUUUGCAGAGGGAAUUUUUGUAGGUGAAAGCCAUGUGGUACAUCCCAGUGUUCACAAUCUUUCCAGCUCCAUCCGUGUCCCAGUUACACCUCCCAAGGAUGUCCCUGUGGAUCUGCACUUGAAAACCUUUGUGGGUUACAGAAGCAGCACCCAGUUCCAUGUAUUUGAAUUGACAAGACAGCUCCCUCGAUUCUCUAUGUAUGCGCUGACCAGCCCGGACAAUGCCAGUGAACCCCUCAGUUAUGUUAACUUUAUCAUUGCCGAACGGGCACAGAGGAUUGCUAUAUGGCUCAACCAGAACUUUCUGUUACCAGAAGACACUAACAUUCAGAAUGCUCCAUUUCAAGUGUGUUUCACAUCAUUAAGAAAUGGUGGCCAUCUCUACAUAAAAAUAAAACCUAGUGGAGAGAUCACAGUAAAUACCGAUGAUAUUGACUUAGCUGGUGAUAUCAUCCAGUCCAUGGCUUCAUUUUUUGCUGUUGAAGACCUUCAGGUAGAAGCAGAUUUUCCUGCCUACUUUGAGGAAUUACGAAAAGUGCUGGUUAAGGUGGAUGAAUAUCAUUCAGUGCACCAGAAGCUCAGUGCUGACAUGGCUGAUAAUUCCAAUCUGAUCCGAAGUUUGCUGGUCAGAGCUGAGGAUGCUCGUCUGAUGAGGAACAUGAAAACAAUGAAGAAUCGCUAUAUGGAACUCUAUGAUCUUAAUAAAGACUUGUUAAAUGGAUAUAAAAUUCGCUGUAAUAAUCACACAGAACUGCUUGGAAAUCUUAAAGCAGUAAAUCAAGCGAUUCAAAGAGCAGGGCGUCUGCGUGUUGGAAAACCAAAGAACCAAGUGAUCUCUGCUUGUCGGGAUGCUAUUCGAAGCAACAACAUCAACACACUGUUCAGAAUCAUGCGGGUGGGGACAGCUCCCUCAUAGAGAGGAGGAAACAGGGGGGAAGUUCCUGGACAAAGGUUUUUCCCUAAAAAUCUAGGCGGGUAUACUUUGGAUCACAUCCUGGUGAACCAGAGUGCUAAUGAUGAAAACAGCCUUGGUGAGUUAUACAGGCUAAGAAAAGGCACUAAUCUUGAGAACUGUACCUCCUUUCUGUUUUUAGAUUAGUGUUACUUGCUAGAACUAUGAAGAAUUGUGAGUACAUUUUAAAUGUCAGGACUUGAAAGUUCCAGUUUUUGUUCACGUUAAGUCAGUAUAUAAAUACAUGUUCUUUUCCCUUGAAAUUGUAAUUGAAUUUGUAAUUUUCAAAUAGAUUAUCUACUUUUUCAUUAAAAUUAAAAGGUACUGGACUUGGU